CCGGAACUGAGUGUGUUACCAUCCGCUUGAAGGUUUCGCUCGAUUUCCUCCGCAUAUCUAGUUUACAUGCUGUUCUGCCCGACAUGCGCUAAUAUGCUUGUGAUAUCCUCAGAAACAGGGUACAACAAAUGGGCAUGUAAUUCAUGUCCAUAUGAGUUUCCGAUUUCGAAGCAGAUGACUUCCCGCUCGCGUAUGAAGCGAAAGGAAGUAGACGAUGUGCUCGGAGGGGAGGAAACGUGGCGGGAUGCUGAUUCAACUGCUAUCGCUUGUGACAAGUGUAGUCAUCCUCGCGCGUAUUUCUAUCAGCUGCAGAUCCGAUCUGCGGAUGAGCCCAUGACGACAUUUUACAGAUGUGCUGGAUGCGCCUAUCAAUGGCGUGAAAAUUGAUGAUUUUUCAAAAAUGCGUGUCGAGAUGGUUUAUGGUUUUUGC